CCGUCGUUAAACAAAAAGAAGAGGAAAAAGACAGUCAGCGCCAGCGGUGGUGGUGCACACUGUGGACAAGAUGGUUUCCUCAAUGUGGCGGAUCAGUGGGGCAGUGAAUCGAGCUCUUGCUAGAGCUGGUUACCCUCUUCUGCUGUCUCUGAGACGAGGACAGGCCUCUGUGUCAUAUGCUCAGAGCCUGCUAGGAGCUCCAGAAACACGGCUAACUUCUCUAAGCAAUGGCUUGAGGAUUGCCUCUGAAGAGACCAACCAAGCCACAUGCACGGUUGGCCUUUGGAUAGAUUGUGGGAGCAGAUAUGAGUCUGAGAAGAAUAAUGGAGCUGGAUUUUUCCUGGAGCAUAUGGCCUUUAAAGGCACAAAGAAGCACCCACAGUCCGCUCUUGAACAUGCAGUGGAGUCUAUGGGAGCUCACUUGAGUGCAUACACCUCACGGGAACGUACUGCUUACUAUAUGAAGACCCUUGCCAAGGACUUGCCUAAAGCGGUGGAGCUCUUGGCAGAAGUAGUGCAGAGCUCAUCUUUGAGUGAGGCUGAUAUAGAGCAGCAGAGGAGUGUGGUGCUAAGAGAGCUGGAAGAGGUGCAAGGUAGCUUGCAGGAUGUUUGCCUGGAUCUGCUCCAUGCUACUGCCUUCCAGGGUACUCCUCUGGGCCAUAGUGUUCUUGGUCCCUCUGCCAAUGCCAGGAUACUAACUCGUAAUGAUUUAGUGGAAUACAUCAAUAGCCAUUAUAAAGCUCCUCGCAUGGUCCUGGCUACAGCUGGAGGAGUAAACCAUGAUGAGCUUGUGGCUCUGGCUAAGCAGCAUUUCAGUGGUGUUUCUUUUGAAUAUGAAGGUGAUGCUGUACCUGUUCUGUCCCCAUGCCGUUUCACUGGGAGUGAGAUUCGUAUGCGUGAUGAUGCAAUGCCUCUAGCACACAUUGCUAUUGCUGUAGAGGGAGCUGGAGCUGCCAGCCCUGAUAUUGUGCCACUUAUGGUUGCCAAUUCCAUCAUUGGUAGCUAUGACAUCACAUUUGGAGGUGGCAAGCACUUAAGCAGUCGCCUGGCUCGCCUGGCUGCAGAGUUGAACCUGUGUCACAGUUUCCAGGCUUUCCACUCUUCAUACAGUGACACUGGACUGCUGGGUAUUUAUUUUGUUACAGACAAACAUAAAAUAGAGGACAUGAUGCAUUGGGCUCAGAAUGCCUGGAUGAAUUUGUGCACCACAGUGACUGAGAGUGAUGUGGCUCGAGCCAAGAAUGCUUUGAAGGCCAGCUUAGUGGGACAGCUCAAUGGAACUACACCUGUUUGUGAUGACAUUGGCAGGCACAUACUAAAUUAUGGUCGCCGCAUCCCAUUGGCAGAGUGGGAUGCCAGAAUUGAGGCGGUGACUCCCAGGAUUGUCCGGGAUGUCUGCUCUAAAUACAUAUAUGACAAAUGCCCAACUGUGUCUGCAGUUGGUCCAAUAGAGCAGCUGCCAGAUUAUAACAGAAUGAGAAGUGCUAUGUACUGGCUCCGAUUUUAAAUGUUACUUGGGCUGUCAGCCCUCACUGAUGUGAUGUGUCCUUCAUUUUUGUACCCCUAUCUUGUAUGAAUUUGAUGAGUAGCGUAUUUGCCCAUUUGUUUUCGUAGCCAUCUUUCAAGCUCAGACGAAGAGAGAGAAGAGAAUUUGGUACAUUUACAUCUAGAAUGUCAGACAUGAGAAGAGAAUUUGGUACAUUUACAUCUAGAAUUUCAGACAUGCCACAGAGCUAUGAAUAUAUGUGAUGUUUUAUUUGUCCAUUUUGUAUAUAGCAAUAGCUCUUAUUCCGACUUCAAAUAAAACCGUCACAUCAAGUUUUUAAAAAAAAUUUUUAUUUGUUUUAAAC